AACAAAUAUGGCGACUCAUAUCAAGUGUUUUUCUACCUGCUGACUGGAAAAAAUUUAUUUUUGUUAAAAAAUUUGCAAAAAAUUAAACAGAUAAUGAAAAUAACUAUAAACAUAAAAUUUUGCUGAAACAAUACUUUAUAUUUGUAUUAAAAAUUAUAUUAAAAGUCUUACGAAUCAACUAAUAAAUACAAAAAGAAAAAAUCAGUGGAGAAAAAAUUUUUGCGAUAAAAAUCGAUUGUCCAAAGAAAUCUUCAGUUCAAAUACGUCUCAAAUCUGUACUAAUGAAAAAAACAAAGUCACACACUCCAGUCAGUCGUUUAUUAUAUGUGCGCGAAAGUGGAUGAAGAAACAACAAGAAGUGGGUGAAGUGGUAUAGAAACAAAUUAAUAUGGAAUAAAAAAUAUAAUUCAUAUACAUAUGUGUCUAUUUAAUAUUUUGUAAAUAAUAUAAAGCUAAAGUAAAUAAAUUUAAAAACGACUAAGCGAAAAAAAUUAAAUACAAAAGUGAAAAUAAAUGUUAAUUAACAAACAAAGAAAAUCUAGGAAAACAAACGAAAUGUUCUAAUCAAAAAAACUCUGUAAAAUAAACAUGCAAGCUAACAACAAAUAGAUUUAGUUAAUUUACAUUUAAUAACAAAUAAAAAACAAAAACAAAACUUAAUAUAAAAUAAAUAAUAAUAUAAUAAAAAUAAUAAACAAAUAAAAUCCAUAAUUAAAUACCGCAAGUCGUAACUAAACGCACACAGUCAUUUCCUUUUUAAAUGGUCUAUACCAGGUGCGUGUAAAAAAGCAUUCCUUGCUAAACUUUAAAUAUAUACAAAGAAAAAAGAAAAAGUCCAAUAUCAUACUGCCUCCUACCCUUUAACAACUCUUGGUUUUUUUUGCUAUAAACGUCUGGUGUUUUUAGCUAAAACAACUUCCUGUAAACUAAUACAUUAACAAUAACAAAAUAAUAUUUAAAAACCAACCAACAACAAAGCAAACAAAUUGAAAAUCCUCUUGAAAAAGAAACAAAAAAAAGCCACACGAAGCCAAAAAUAUCCACAAUAUAUUGAAAUACUUAACAACUGGGUGUUUCUACGAACGAGCGACACUUUUUAAAGUUGGAAACUUAAAAUCAACAAAAAAACAAAACUACAAUAAAAAAAAGAAAAUACUCCAUCCAUAAUCAGGCAAACUAAGCCAACUAAGUACAGAACUAACUAACGAAAUAUUGAGUCAGUCAGACAUUUAUACAACAACCAACAAACAAACAAAUAAUAAAGAACUAAAAUUGAAAAAGAAGUUAUACUACAACCAGUCAACCCAACUUAAACAAAACAUAAAAAGAAAAACUAUCAAAAUCUAUCGUCCUACUUAUUGUCAUAAUAAUAAAAAAGAAACUAGAGAAAACUAAAGGAAAAUACUGAAAUUAAAUAGUAUACAAUUUUAUUUUAUAUUAAAACUAUAUAUUUGUGGUAGUCUCGUCUUUGUCGCUUUUACACGUAUUACCUAAAAAGUAGCUGCUAAGUGAGUGAGUGUUUGUGUAAAAUUUUAUUACGUGUUCGUGUCUACUUGUUUUUCAACUGUUCAAUAGUGGCUUCUAAGCUUAUCAAACAACCCAACAGUCAAACGAACCGUCAGGCAGCCAACUAACAACUAGCAACUAUAAAACCACCCACUCAGCAGGGGCAGCCUGUUUCCUUUCUUAUCAUUAUUUAUGCCUGCAAAUCUAAAUAAUUUCCACUUUUAAUAACUGCACACUUGGAUUGAAUUGGAUUGUAAAGGAUUAGUGUUGUUGUAGUUAUAGCCGUUACGUGUAAAGUGUGGUAGUAGUUGUGGUAAUUCUUUAGCAACUACUAUACCACCCACCCCCAUCACAUCUUUAAUUUAGACUUCACCACGAACUUUCAUACUCUCCUGUCUGCCGUCAGUCUUCGUCAUCAUCAAACUGUAUUUAUUUAAUACUCAAAAUGUCAACGGAUAAGAUCAAAGUUGCUGUCAGGGUGCGACCCUUCAAUCGUCGUGAAAUCGAAUUAGGCACAAAAUGUAUUGUCGAAAUGGAAAAACAGCAGACAAUUCUGCACAAUCCUCCAGCCAUAGAUAAAAUAGAAAGCCGGAAACCCCCCAAGACAUUUGCAUUUGAUCAUUGUUUCUAUUCAUUAAAUCCAAAUGAUGAGAAUUUUGCUUCACAAGAGACUGUUUUCGAUUGUGUGGGACGUGAUAUAUUGGAUAAUGCAUUUCAAGGUUAUAAUGCUUGCAUAUUUGCCUAUGGACAAACUGGUUCGGGUAAAUCCUAUACCAUGAUGGGUACUCAAGAAUCUAAGGGUAUUAUACCGCGUUUGUGUGAUAAUUUAUUUUCGGCCAUUUCCAAUAAAUCCACACAAGAACUUAUGUACAAAGUGGAAGUAUCCUAUAUGGAAAUAUAUAAUGAAAAAGUUCAUGAUCUCUUAGAUCCUAAACCAAAUAAACAGUCUUUAAAGGUGCGUGAGCACAAUGUAUUGGGUCCAUAUGUGGACGGUUUAUCUCAAUUGGCAGUUGCAUCAUAUCAAGAUAUUGAUAAUCUUAUGACUGAGGGAAAUAAAUCACGUACUGUGGCUGCUACAAAUAUGAAUGCCGAAUCAUCUAGAUCUCAUGCUGUGUUCUCAGUAGUAUUAACUCAGAUUUUAACUGAUCAGGCUUCGGGUGUAACCGGUGAAAAGGUAUCACGCAUGUCUUUGGUGGAUUUAGCAGGUUCUGAGAGAGCUGUUAAAACAGGUGCUGUGGGUGAUCGCUUGAAAGAGGGUUCAAAUAUUAACAAAUCACUUACUACCUUGGGUUUGGUUAUUUCAAAAUUGGCCGAUCAAUCUAAUGGCAAAAAGAGUGGUGGAGAUAAAUUCGUUCCCUAUCGUGAUUCAGUGUUAACGUGGCUUUUAAAAGACAAUUUGGGUGGCAACUCUCGCACCGUGAUGGUGGCCACAAUAUCUCCAUCGGCUGAUAAUUUUGAAGAAACCUUGUCUACUUUACGUUAUGCUGAUCGUGCUAAACGUAUUGUCAAUCACGCCGUGGUCAAUGAGGAUCCUAAUGCUCGUAUUAUUCGUGAACUACGUCAUGAAGUGGAGACUUUGAGAAACAUGCUUAAACAUGCCACUGGUUCACCAGUGGGUGAUAUCAAUGAUAAGUUGGCAGAAAGUGAAAAUCUAAUGAAACAAAUUUCUCAAACAUGGGAAGAGAAAUUGGUUAAAACUGAACGUAUACAAAAUGAGCGUCAACAGGCUUUAGAAAAGAUGGGUAUUAGUGUACAAGCUAGCGGUAUUAUGGUGGAGAAAAACAAAUAUUAUUUAGUCAAUUUAAAUGCAGAUCCGUCCCUUAAUGAGUUGUUAGUUUACUAUCUUAAAGAACGUACAUUAAUCGGUGGCCAUACUAUAAGUGGUCCUCAGCCAGAUAUUCAACUAUCGGGUUUGGGUAUUCAGCCCGAACAUUGUGUCAUUACCAUAGAAGAUGGUGGUCUCUUUUUGGAACCAUUUCCCGGAGCACGUUGUUUUGUAAAUGGCUAUGCAGCCGUAGAGAAAACUCCCAUAGCUAACGGUGAUCGUAUUUUAUGGGGUAAUCAUCAUUUUUUCCGCGUAAAUUGUCCCAAAUCGGCUAAUGCCAAUAUGAAUUCGGAACCUCAAACGCCGGCUCAAUUGAUCGAUUAUAAUUUUGCACGUGAUGAAAUUAUGCAAAAUGAAUUAAGUAAUGAUCCGAUACAAACUGCUAUAGCGCGACUGGAACGUCAGCAUGAGGAAGACAAGCAGGUGGCAUUGGAGAAACAAAGACAAGAAUAUGAGCGACAAUUUCAGCAAUUGCGCAAUAUUUUGUCGCCCAGUACACCCUAUGCACCCUAUACUCCCUACGAUCCCUUGCGUUUGGGUAAAAUUACACCAAAUACACCAACCUCGCAAAUGCGUGUGGAAAAAUGGGCCCAAGAACGCGAUGAAAUGUUUAAACGCUCUUUGGGUCAGUUGAAGAAUGACAUUAUGCGAGCUAAUGCUUUAGUACAAGAAGCCAAUUUUCUUGCCGAGGAAAUGGAAAAGAAAACUAAAUUCUCUGUAACCCUACAAAUUCCUCCCGCAAACUUAAGUCCCAAUAGAAGGCGUGGUGCAUUUGUAAGUGAACCGGCCAUUUUAGUGAAACGUCUUAAUUCGGGUAGUCAGAUUUGGAGUAUGGAGAAAUUGGAAAAUAAACUAAUUGAUAUGAGAGAAAUGUAUCAAGAACACAAGGAACGCGUCUUAAAUGGUUUGCUUCUCAUUGAGACCUUCUCAGAUGAGGAAGAUUCCGACGAGGAAAAUGAAAACUCUAAAAGUUUAGAUCCUUUCUAUGAGUCACAAGAAAAUCACAAUUUAAUUGGUGUGGCAAAUAUUUUCUUGGAAGUGCUGUUCCAUGAUGUAAAAUUAGAUUAUCAUACACCCAUUAUAAGUCAACAAGGUGAAGUUGCUGGUCGACUUCAGGUCGAAAUACAACGUAUUGCCGGUCAAAUGCCCCAAGAUCGCAUGUGUGAAUCAAUAUCGGAAUCCUCUUCGGACUCACGAGAUGAUUAUGAAGAUGCUCCCGAUCCGAUGGCAAAUCAAGUAACUUGUCGUGUUACUAUUAAAUGUGCCUCAGGCUUGCCACUCUCGUUGUCGAACUUUGUUUUUUGCCAAUAUACAUUUUGGGGUCAUCAGGAAACUGUGGUACCCGUUAUUAAUGCCGAAACUACGCCAAGAGAUCAGAAUAUGAUCUUUAAAUUUGAACAUACCAAGGAUUUCACAGUGACCAUAAACGAAGAAUUCUUGGAACAUUGCAUAGAAGGUGCUCUUUCAAUUGAGGUUUGGGGUCAUCGUAGUGCUGGUUUCUCCAAGUCCAAAGGUUGGGAAGUGGAGCAACAACAGGCCAAGGCACGCUCCUUAGUGGAUCGUUGGGCUGAAUUAUCGCGUAAAAUAGAGUUAUGGGUGGAAAUUCAUGAACUCAAUGAUAAUGGUGAAUAUGCACCGGUUGAAGUAUCCAAUCCUACAGAAGUAUUAACCGGAGGCAUCUAUCAGUUGCGUCAAGGUCAACAGCGCCGUGUACAUGUACGUGUCAAGCCCGUACAAAAUUCCGGUACUUUGCCGAUAAUUUGCCAGUCAAUAGUUAAUAUAGCUAUUGGUAGUGUUACCGUGCGUUCACGUCUGCAGAGAGCCCUUGAUUCUUAUCAAGAAGAAGAUCUUACCAUAUUGAGAGAAAAAUGGAGCGAGGCUUUAGGCAGAAGACGCCAGUAUCUCGAUCAACAAAUACAAAAACUCAUAAAAAAGGAGGAGAAAACCGAAGAAGAACGUGAACGAGAAUUAAGUUUAGUACAUCAGUGGGUGUCACUAACCGAAGAACGUAAUGCGGUAUUGGUACCAGCACCUGGUUCGGGUAUACCUGGAGCUCCGGCUUCUUGGAAUCCACCAUCUGGCAUGGAACCCCAUGUACCAGUUUUAUUCCUUAAUCUAAAUGCCGAUGAUCUCUCAGCUCAAAAUACUAACGAUGAAUUUUCUAUUGCUGGUAUAAACUCCAUACUCUCCAAAGAACAUGGACAUAAAUUCUAUACAUUACAAAUCUUACAACACUUGGAUAAAGAUGUUUGUGCAAUAGCCAGUUGGGAUUCUUCGAUGCACGAUAGUCCCGCUCUGAAUCGUGUAACCGAGGCAAACGAACGUGUCUACUUGAUUUUACGUACCACAGUGCGUCUAUCACAUCCAGCACCCAUGGAUUUGGUAUUGCGCAAACGUCUCUGCAUUAACAUUAAAAAGGGACCAAGCAUAACAGAUCGUUUGAAAAAGUUCCGUUUAGUAAGAACUGAAAAUACAAUUGCCUGUACAGGCGUUACCUAUGAGGUUGUAUCGAAUAUACCCAAAGCUUCCGAAGAGUUGGAAGAUCGUGAAUCUUUGGCUCAAUUGGCCGCCAGUGGAGAUGAUUGUUCAGCUAGUGAUGGUGAAACUUAUAUAGAAAAAUAUACACGUGGCGUCUCGGCAGUAGAAAGCAUUUUAACUUUGGAUCGUUUAAGACAAAAUGUGGCUGUUAAAGAACUGGAAACUGCUCAUGGCCAACCAUUAACUAUGCGCAAAACUUGCAGUGUACCCAACUUCUCACAGGCGGUUAAAGAAACACCAAAUCCUGGAACAAUUAUGCGUUUUGAUGCUUCUAUGGAAUCUUUGCUAAAUGUGGGACGAUCUGAAUCCUUUGUAGAUUUGAAUCAAUCAUUAGGUUCAAAAUUCUUACCACAGCAAGCACAAACUACACCAGGCACUAUGAGAGACUUUGGUACACGUUCACGUCAUAGUUUUGGCGGUAAAGGUAGUAAUGAUGAUUCUCCAGGAAAAGCAUUUGGUAUUGGCUCCUAUUUGUCAGCUCGUCCGACAUUUUUGAAUUUAAAUUUAAAUUCAAACUUUAGGCCACAGCCAACAAAACCAUCACCAGCUACGAGCAAAUUGAUGGGUAUGCGUAUGACAACAUUGCAUGAAGAACCGUUGGGAGGUCAUCGUUCUUUGGCUGAAGAAGCUGAGGAUAGUUACAGUGAUUCAGAAUAUACAAAUGAAUAUGAACAGGAAAAGAAUCAACGUAAUAAUUAUCAAACACCACGAUCACGUCUUACCUCCUCCAAAACCAUGGAUUCAUUUAUGGAUGUUAGCACACACUCAAAUAACAGUUAUUUAAGUUAUACAUCCAAUGUUAAUGCAAAUUUAAAACAUUUGACUGGCUUGGCCACACCCAGCAUGAGUUCAUCAACUUCAAGUGGUUAUGGAUCUCAAGCUGUUUCCUGCACCAAUUUAACUAAUGAUGAUAUUGUCUCAAUGCGCUCUAUGAGCAUUGACGAAACUCCAGACUUUGAUCGCAUAAAUUCGAAUUCCCCACCAAAUCGUCAAACGCAUCGAGUAAAUCCAUUCCUUAAAGAUAUGCCAAAGCCCUCGACUAACCACAAACACAUGGAAACUUUACCCACAAAUUCUGAAAUUCAACAACUAAAGUCACAAAAUCAAAAUGAUUUAGCAACAACAACCACAACUACAACACAGCUGCCAACAGAAAUUAUCAAUGCUCCUCUAACCACAAAAACAGAACAAGACCAACAACAGCAACAACUUGUCAUUGAAAAUAUCAACAACAGUGAGGAGGAGCAGAAACAGCAUUUGAAAAAUGAUCUCAACAAUGAAAGCCAAACUAAUAAUACUACCAACAACAGCACCACCAUCACAACAACAAAAACAAUACAGCCACAGGAGGAGCAUGAUCAAGAUCAAACGAUUAAAAAUCUUAACAAUAACCAAACAAAUUCCAACAACAAUGAUUCCAGCUCAAAUACCGACAAUCAAAACGGCAACGAAAUUAUGGAAGAAGGUACUGGUAUAGUAAGGACACCUCUGCCAGCUGGUAAAGUAGUGAGAAGAAAAAAGACCCCUCCUCAGACGGGUGGUGGUAAUGGGAAUGGUAAUGAUUUGAUGACCUCUAGUGUUACAAAUACAACGACCAUUAAUAAUAAUAAUAAUCGUUCAAAUGCUAUGCAUCGUGCUUCGUUGGCUAAAAUGGAGGGUCUAUUGUCAAACUCUAAUGAUCAUUUGAAUGUUUCAUCGUCGAUGUCAACUAGCAUGGAAAUUGAGGAUGAUAAACAUAUUGAUGUAACUUUACCCGAUUGGGUUGUGGUUGGUGAAUCGGUUUUAAUAAGACCUUAUAACACCAGCGGAGUUAUCAGUUAUGUCGGCACUACACACUUCCAAAAGGGAACAUGGAUUGGCGUAGAACUUGAUACACCAACGGGUAAAAAUGAUGGCAGUGUUCAGGGUAUACAAUAUUUCCAAUGUAAACCCAAACAUGGUAUGUUUGUAAGAUUCGAUAAAUUAAUAUUGGACAAACGAGGCAAAGCAAUGAGAGCCUACAAAGCCGAAAAAACAAGCAAAGAAGCUGCUUUGCCACGCUCAAAAAGUCGCGGUGAAUCUUUGAGCACUUUAAGUGUCUCUGGUGGGCGUAAAUGAUUAUUUCCGAAAUGUUCGCAUCAAAUGCAACGAUGGGCUAAUUGUAGGCAAUCCACAUUAGUUACGGCCACCAUAAAUAGAACUAAUAGUAAUAACAUAACAACCAAUAGCAACAAUCAUACAAACACAACAAAUGGAAUACCAGUGCCAAAUCAAAAGAUUUACCCGAAAACUGAGACAACAGCCACAGUAACUGAUAAUAAUAUGUUUACUAAACGCACAUGUUCUAUAAUGCGUCUAACAACGGGACGUAAUCAUUGUAAUACUACUACACCCUUAAACACAGAUGCGAAUACGAUUAAUACGAAAAAAUAUAAUAGACGCUCUACGGCAUUUUGAACUCAACAAUAUGAAUUUUAUGAAUAAAUAUAAAUUCUUAUAAAAGAAAUGCCGCUAGAUGCUUUUUACACAACUACAAACAUAUGUACUACUACUACAUAAAUAAAUUUAUAAUAAAUAAAA